CUCCACCCAUAAGUUUGCUUUUAGGUCCAUUCCAUGUAUCUACUUAGGAACAAGUCCCUCUCAUCAUGCUCAUCGUUGUUUGGGAUCCUAAGUCAAAAUGUGUCUACCUUGCUUGUCAUGUUAAAUUUGACCCUACAAAAUUUCUUGGAUUUAAUUCAGUUGCAGGUAACAGUCCAUCUCCACAUGAAACAUCUUGGUUAUCUAUCUCAAAUCAGAUACCACCACACUUGGAUGCUGCAGGCGGAUUUUCAGGUUGAUAUAUCUAAUGCAUUCUUGCAUGGAUAUCUUGACGAAGACAUAUACAUGGCUCAGCCACCCAGAUUGUUGAUUUGGUUCAUCCGGAUUAUGUUUGUAAACUGCAAAAGUCUCUGUAUGGCCUUCGGCAAGCACCAAGAGCAUGGUUUCAUCAAUUCUAGCAAAUUGGAAGUUUUUUUGCAAGCUUUACAAUUUGCUUUCCUGGUGCGUGAUCUUGGUCAAUUGCACUACUUCUUAGGCAUUGAGCAAAGCUACCUCGACCCCUAUGGCUUCUAAUUCAUCAUUAUCGAAACAUGAUGGUGAACUAAUGGUUGAUGGAGAGAAGUUUUGACAACUUGUUGGUUCCCUUCGAUAUGUGACUCUUACUAGGCCCGACAUCUCCUUC